UCUCUACUGAUUGAGUCAAUGGGUAGAGUAAACGACUCUGUGGUGUCUGAAUUUGUAUUGAUUGGACUGACAAGUUCAUGGGAGAUUCAUAUUUUCCUUUUUUGGUUCUUCACUGUGUUCUACAUAGCAAUUAUCCUGGGAAACCUCUUCAUUGUGCUCACAGUUAUUAUUGACUCACAUUUGCACUCACCCAUGUACUUUCUACUGGCCAACCUCUCUCUUCUUGAUUUGGGUCUUUCCUCUACCACCAUCCCCAAAAUGAUCUCUGACCUUUUCACUGAGUGCAACAUCAUUUCUUUUCCAAAAUGCAUGAUACAGAUAUUUUUUAUUCAUGUCAUGGGAGGAGUUGAGAUGGUGCUACUCAUAGCCAUGGCCUAUGAUAGGUACACAGCAAUCUGUAAGCCUCUCCAUUACCUGAACAUCAUGAGCCACCAAAUGUGUAUUUCCUUUGCAGUGGCUGCCUGGAUAGUGGGGAUUAUCCAUGCUGUUUCUCAGUUUGCUUUUGUCAUAAACUUGCCUUUCUGUGGCCCUAACAAAGUAGAUAGUUUUUACUGUGAUUUCCCACGGGUCAUGAAACUUGCAUGUGUAGACACUUACAAGCUAGAAUUUGUAAUCAUUGCUAACAGUGGGCUGAUAUCCAUGGCCACCUUCUUCUCUUUAAUUAUAUCCUAUAUUUGCAUUUUGCUCACUGUCUGGAAACGUUCUUCAGGGGAUUUAUCCAAAGCUUUUGUCACAUUGUCAGCUCACAUCACUGUUGUGAUUUUGUUUUUUAUGCCAUGUAUGUUUCUCUACGUGUGGCCUUUCCCUACAACAUCACUGGAUAAGUAUUUAUUCAUUGUCGAUUUUGCUAUCACUCCUGUCUUGAAUCCUGCCAUAUAUACAUUAAGAAACAAAGACAUGAAAUUAGCCGUGAGAAGACUGGGCAAACAGAUUGUGGGUCCGAGUGGGAUCUCAUAA